AUGUCUGGAUUUUGGUCAAUAUUUGGAGCUCUCGUACAAUGCUAUAGUCUGCAACCACCACCUUAUGAAACUUUCAGGUCGCAUUAUAAAGUAGCAUCGCCGGACGAUGCUUCUGCAGCAAUACGUGGUGAAUUUCCUGAACCAGUAUAUAAACCUAAAGAUGAUGCUACAUCCAAAUCUCUAGUUGAGAAACAUCUUCAUGUUGAAGAAAUUAAAAAAACUGAAAAAAAGACUAAACUGACCAAAG